AUGACUAAGUAUCCACAUGGUGAAAGAGUACGCUAUGAGUGUGUCAAACCUUAUGACAUGUUUGGGAAGGUAGAAGUGAUGUGUCUAAAUGGAAACUGGACAGAACCACCUCAAUGUCAAGAUUCUGAAGGAAAAUGCGGAACCCCUCCACCUAUUCACAAUGGAGACAUUACUUCAUUCCCUUUAGUGGUAUAUGCCCCAUAUUCAUCAGUUGCAUAUCAAUGCCAGAACUUAUAUCAACUUGAGGGUAACAGGCAAAUAACAUGUAUAAAUGGAAAAUGGUCAGAACCACCAAAAUGUUUAGCUCCGUGUGUAAUAUCAGAAGAAAUUAUGAGACAAUACAACAUAACACUUAGGUGGCAAAGACAUCAAAGAGUUUAUUCCAGAACUGGUGAAGAGAUUGAGUUUUUGUGUAAAGAUGGAUAUAAUCCACAAACAACAAAAAUCUCAUUUCGAGCAUUGUGUCAGAAUGGGAAACUUGUGUAUCCCAGCU